CGGUGAGAGACUCUACUCAGAGUUUCACCACAGUGCUGCUCCGUCUGCCAGCAAUGCUGCUGACCAGCACCGUCCUCCUCCUCCAGUAACACCACUAACACAGCUCUGCUGGUUCAGCUCUGUACUGGUGCUGCUGCUGCUGCUCUGGACUUCCGUUACUUCUGAACCGGACCGCUCCAUCUCAGCUCCUCAUUCACGGACAAUGGGCCCUAGCUGAACACCACCAGUGAAAGAGAGAGCAGAGGAUUAGAACUGCGAUGGAUAUCUCCUCAGCGGAUCCCUCCGCCAUAGCCGAGCUCUGGGGCAACCUUUCCCUUCCGGGUUUCUUCCUUAAUGAGACAUUUUUUAAUGAAACGUGCCUAUUUAACACCUCUAACUGCACCAAUGGAACCAGCGUGGGAAGCCGGCCCGGCAUUGGCGUGGCUGGUGUCCUCAUCCCGCUCAUCUACAUAAUCGUCUGCAUCAUUGGCUUGGGUGGAAACACUCUGGUCAUCCAUAUUGUCCUUCAUUACUCCAAGACUGAAUCUGUGACCAACAUUUACAUUCUUAAUCUGGCCAUUGCUGACGAACUCUUCAUGCUUGGCCUGCCAUUCCUGGCUGUCCAGAAUGCCAUGAUGUCCUGGCCCUUUGGGUCCUUCAUGUGCCGCCUGGUCAUGACUGUAGACGGCAUCAACCAGUUUACUAGCAUUUUCUGCUUGACAGUGAUGAGUAUCGACCGCUACCUGGCAGUGGCCCACCCCAUCCAGUCAUCCAGGUGGAGGAGGCCGCAGGUGGCCAAGGCUGUCAAUGGCUCAGUCUGGGCCAUGUCAUUCCUGGUGGUCCUGCCCAUGGUGAUCUUCGCUGGUGUUUUCGAGGAGGGAGGCACGUGUAACAUCAACUGGCCCGAGUCUUGCAAGAUCUGUCGGGCGGCAUUCAUUAUCUACACCUCUACUGUCGGAUUUUUCUUCCCCUUGCUGGUAAUCUGCAUGUGCUACUUGCUGAUUGUGGUAAAAAUACGCAGCUCGAGCAAGAAGGUGCACGCCACCUCGAGCAAACGUCGCAAGUCCGAGCGCAAGGUCACCCGCAUGGUGGUGAUAGUAGUCGCCGUAUUUGUGUUCUGCUGGCUGCCUUUCUAUGCCCUGAACAUCAUCAACCUGAUUGUAUUUCCUCCUCCCAGUGAGCUACAGGGUCUCUAUUAUUUUGUGGUGGUACUAUCCUAUGCCAACAGCUGCGCCAACCCUAUUGUCUACAGCUUUCUGUCUGAUAACUUUAAGCGGGGCUUCCGAAAAGCUCUGUGCCGCUCGUCGAGAAAGGUGGAGAGUCACGAACUGACAGAUCGUCAGGAGCAGGAGGAGCGCAAGCAAAUACUGAUGCCCCGUGAAAGCCUGCGGAGGGCCGUCAGAGAGGACGAAGACGAGGAAGAGGAGGAGGACAGGGAGGAAGUGACUGAGGUGACUGAAAUCUGCAAGAUCACUCAGAAUGGAAAUGGCAGUGGACAAAGUGCUCGUGCUUUGCUUCUGGAGAGGACCUUAGCUCCAGGGCUGUCUGAGCCCAGUUCUCCGAGAGGAGACGGGUUUGGGAAAGGCUCUGGUUUUGUGCCGACCACAGCCUUGCUAAAUGGGGCAAAAAACGGCAGUGUAAAGCCCCUGCCGGAGGAACCGGUUGAGAAGAAGACGUCACUGGAGAUCAGCUACUUGUAAAUUCCCUGUGUGUUACUUGAACUAGAGCCACAGUAUUUAUAUUGUAGAUGUUUCUACCCACACAACUGGACUGUCAUACAAGUUUCCAGUUUAAGCUUGUCUUUACUUAUUUGUAAUGCUCAU